AUGAUGUGGUUGAUAUGUUGCAUCAUAUCGGCAGUAGGAAAUUUGUUGGCUGUAAUCACAACCGGCAUCUGGCUCGAUCAUCUCUCAAAAAUGAAGGACCGUACAGGUCUGGUAAAUGGACUAUCUGGGUUCAUGCUGCUUUCAUCGGUUGCCGUGGGUGUGUGUUUCAUUCUAACAGCAGUGAUGAUAUGUCACUACUGGAACUCGAAUUCUCCUAAAUAUCAACCCGUUGGGAAGAUUGCGAAACGCACAAGACUUCGUCGACGUUUGUCGCGACUGAAGAGUGGCGAAAGACCUGUAAAUAAAGGAUACCACGUGGUCUAA